AUGAAUAAUUAUCAAAUAAAGCAUUGGCGAGAGAAGACGAAACAGUACCUUUUAAAGAGAAAGUAUGAAGAUGCCCUUGCUUAUAUAACAUCAUGCAUUGAGCAAGAACCAAAGCCCGUUAUUGAUCUCUUUGAAAUCAGGGCCAUUGUACUGAAAGAGAUGGGUUUGUAUGAAAAAGCCCAAGCUGAUGCUCAAAGGAUGAUUAACCUAAACCAGAGAAACGCAAGAGGUUACUUACGCUUGGCUCAACUGCUUCAGUAUGAUGGACUUGAUUCAAAAGCUGACCAUGUAUACAUGCAAGGCUUAAAAUAUGUUCACAAACUUGACCCAUUGAGACAAAAGUUAAAAGCAGCUAGCGUGCAAUUGUUAGAUCGAAUGCAGAAGACUCGGCCAGUUCAAGAUCUUUUCUCUCUUCUACCUCGGGAAAUCCUCUUACACAUUUUUCAGUACGUGGAAUUUCAAACGAUAGUCCGUUGCAUGCAAGUUUCAAAAAAUUGGAAAGAUUCAAUCAAAAGGGAAUCUUCUUUGUUUCAUAAACUGGACUUUUCUGAAGCGUCUUCACGAAGCAGCAAAUUUAGAGAUCGCAAUGUCAUGACUUUGGCUCGCUAUUCUGCAUAUGCAAACAAUAAUAUACAGGAAGUCAUUGGUUUGGAAAAAUUAGGUAUUUUAACCCCUACAAAGGGUUUGCUUCGAUGCGUGAACUCCAUCCACACUUACAAAACUAUUUCACCUUUAAGCCUUCCGCAUUUAAUGCCCAAAAUGUACCUUAUAUGGUCACCAUUCACCGAAUUAAAAUAUUUUUCUUGUUCUACUUCUAUCACAUUUUCUACUGUUUCUAAAGUUCUCUCAGCUUGCAAGAAGUUAGAGCGAUUGGAAUUGGAUGAUGUUGUUCCUGACUUGCUUUUCGAUAACAUGGACUGGGAUAAGCAACUUGACGAGAAGCAUAUUGUUUUACAAUUAAGAAGCUUGCAUUUUGUAAGAAACCAAGCGCACCCACUUCAUGAAAAGGAGCAGGAAUUUCUUGCCAGCAUAAUUUCCUGUAGCCCUAAUUUGCAAGAGCUCGUGGUUACUUACCAACCAAAUCUUAUAUCCACUUUGAAAGAGAAUAAACCAGAUCUCAAGCUUUUACAGAUAAUUGACGAUGCAAAGCAAAAAUCUAUAAGAGAUAUAUUUUACUUACCCUCUUCUUUGGAAAACUUAUCUAUCAUACCUUCUAGUCCUUCUAUGACAAUUGCUUCAGCAUACUUAUUCCCCAUACUUUAUCGUCCUAUUUCACUUAAAAGUGUGAAAUUGAGCCUGUUUAUUCGAUUAACUAAUCAGGAAGUUGAAAACACAACUAACUUUCUAAUAUCAAGUCCUGAUUUGAGAUCAUUAGUUUUACAUGAUUCAUUACCAAUUUCUUCAAAAUUUAUGGAGCUAUUUACAUGUCUGUCUCAUUUAGAGGCUUUGGACCUCUCUGAUAAUGCUGAACUAAACAACGAUCAUCUUUCCCAUAUCGUGGCUUGCUGCCCAAAGCUAGAGGUUCUCAACUUCUCUAACUGUAUUUCGAUAACGGGUUCAGGCUUCAUUAGUCUUUUGAGGGGUCUCGCAUCGUUAAAAAGGGUAGAAAUAGUCAAUUGUGAUUCUGUGUCGAAAGAUGCAAUUGAUGCGGCACGAGCUAAAGGCAUUGAGGUUAUUGUUUCAAACCAGCAAAAUGGAUCCUUAAGUGGUACAAAACGAAUUCGGCUUUUUUAA